CACCGUAGUAUCAUAUAUCCCGAGAAAGCAGGCUGAAACGCAAGUCGUUUCUUGCCAAAUCUGUGUCCUCUUCUCUUCUCUACCUUUUCCUCUCAACACCUUCUCCACCUUCUUACUCGUGGGCAUCCCAUAUAUUGCCAAAUCCUGUGACCGUCUCUCUGCGGUUUUUUCUCAACCAGGAGAUAUGAUUAGGCUAUUUAAAGUAAAGGAAAAGCAGAGAGAACUUGCUGAAAAUGCCAAUGGAGGGGCACCAGGUAAGAAGCAAAGUGCCGGGGAAUUACGUCUUCAUAAAGAUAUAACUGAGCUAAUUCUACCAAAAUCUUGUUCCAUUACAUUCCCCAAUGGCAAAGAUGACCUGAUGAACUUUGAAGUUUCAAUUCGACCUGAUGAAGGAUACUACUUCGGUGGAACAUUUUUGUUUACUUUCCAAGUUUCCCCUAUCUAUCCACAUGAAGCACCAAAAGUGAAGUGCAAGACCAAGGUUUACCAUCCUAAUAUUGACUUGGAAGGAAAUGUAUGCCUCAACAUCUUACGAGAAGAUUGGAAACCUGUCCUCAACAUAAAUACUGUCAUCUAUGGAUUGUAUCAUCUUUUUACGGAACCGAAUUAUGAGGAUCCCCUAAAUCAUGAUGCGGCUGCAGUGUUGAGAGAUAACCCGAAGAUGUUUGAAUCUAAUGUGAGAAGGGCUAUGGCUGGUGGUUAUGUGGGGCAAACAUUUUUUGCUCGCUGUAUGUAGAUUUUGUUACCAUAGCACCAAGGCCAAUGGAAAUUUCUUAUCAAUGCUGGAUGUGGAUUGUAAAAUUCAUUUGCAAUUUACAUUUGUUUUUUAUGUUCUUCCCCCCACCCACAUUAUUUCCAUGAGACCUAGCAACUGAAAACUAAACGAAAAUGUGUAUGUGACCAAACUUUGGCACUUUGUAUGUUUACAUGACACAUUAAUUAUGUGGAAAAAGGAUACGCUGGUCAAUUAUUAGCCUGAAACAAGUCA